UAAGAACUGCUCCAAAACCUAAGGCAAACUGAUGCUCCAAAUCUACCUAAUACAAAGAACAAAAAUGGGAGUUACAAAAUAUACUAUGGACUAUUUCAAUAAAGUGUUUCUGUAAAUCUUAUUUUUCAGUAUUCAUGGUUUCAGAUUUUUUUUUCACACAGAACAUGAGCAUUCAGGGCCUACCAGAGAUGAAGGGCUAUGACCCACUAGAUACCACCCUCAAGUUUGUCACCAGGAGGGACGACUUGGAUCCAAUUUCCUCAGAUGAUGACUCUCUCAGAGCAGAGAUGUCCUGUGGCCACGCCGUCACUCCUGAAUCUCUAACACAGUGGUGUCGCAACCUGCUGGACCAGGGGCAUUACAGAUUUAAAUGCCCUGCACUGGUAGAGGGGACCACAAGGUGCAAUAAGGCGUGGUCGUACCAAGAGGUGCGCAGACUGGCAGAUUUAUCUGUUGAGGAAAUGCAGCACUUUGAGGACAACAUGGCCCGCAUGGCUGCUGCUAGACACUGCGAGUUUCAGCCAUGUCCCCAGUGCAAAACAAACAUGGAGAGGAAGGAUCUUUCCAACCUGUGUGUCAUAUGUAUCAUAUGCACAGCUGAUCAGGGGGGAACCUAUCAGUUCUGCUGGCAGUGUCAGAAGCCAUGGAAGGGCUCAGCUCCUCGAUCGGACCACUGUGGCAACGAUGACUGCAUCAACAGGGACCUGCAACUGCUGCAGACAUGCAAAUCCAUCGACCUGCCGGAGGUGGCGGGCGUCACCAGCUGCCCCUCUAUCCGACUCUGUCCUACAUGUGGCAUGAAGAUAGAACAUAGUAGACAAAACUGCAAAAAUGUUAUAUGUCCUCGAUGUCAUAAGGAGUUCUGCUUUGUUUGCCUGAAACUAACGCGGCAAUGUUGCAAGACCAGUUCACCAUUCAGAAUCUGCCCAGGCGGUGUAGCUCCAAGACAGACUUCUAUUCCGGUAUGGCAGAGAAAAUGAAGGUAAUCCGGUGUCUUAUCUUAAUUCAACAAGAGAUCUUUAACAGAAGUGUUUAAAAACACAACAAAAAAAAUCAAUGCAUUUAUUUUGAAAGGUCUCAAUAUAGUCUCCUGGACACCAAAUGUUUGUGGCAUGUAACUCUGCUCCACAAGACAACUAGGUUCUUAUUUGUGGUUUCUCUGCCUCCCUUUGGCUGAACUUUAAAUUGCACAUGACAAAUAUGUUUGGUAUUUACCUCUGAAUCUCCAUUACUGAAAUACUUAAGAUGUUUUAUAUAUAUAAAAUGGAACCUGUUUUAUUUUAAUUAGCUUUUUCUGUAUACCAGUGUGGCAAAAUCUACCUGG